UUGAAAACCAAGUCUAAUCUUUCACUCUUCCUGUAGAGCUUCAUUAACAUGGGGUUGGCAAUAUAUGCCUUGUUGCUUUUCUUCUCAGCAGAUUUGAGCAGAGUGGGAGCACAACGCUCAGUAGUGUUGCAUCGUGAGAAGAGAAGAUGGAUUUCUGCAACUUUCAAACUUAUAGAAGAAGAUGUGGGUCCUUUCCCUAAAACAGCAAUAAAGGUUUCCAAUGACCGGUCACUAAACCAUACAGUGCUGUUUUCAAUAACAGGCCAGGGUGUGGAUGCUGAACCUGAGAGAGGCUUGUUUUCAAUUGAUAGGCACAGUGGACAAAUAUACAUCCAUCACAAAGUUGAUCGUGAGAAAACAAAGGAAUUAAUGUUUCAAGUCGAUGCUCUGGAAAAACACUCUCUGCAACAGCUAGAUGAACAUAUGCUGUAUAAAAUUGUAGUGAUUGAUAUCAAUGACAACACUCCUCAAUUCAAAGAAAUAAAACCUGUUAAUGUAUUGGAAAAUACAGCUCUAGGUGAAGAAAUCUUGAAGGUGGAAGCAACAGAUCCUGAUGAUGCAAGGAUUGGUAAUGGAAAAAUUUCAUAUUCAAUUGUUUCUCAAAGACCUGCAAUCCCAUUAAAUGUGUUUAAUAUUAAUUCAGAAACUGGAUCCAUCAUUCUUGAAAAAUGUCUGGACUAUGAGGCCAUUAAAUCAUACUCUUUGGUCAUUAAAGCAAGAGAUAACGGAUUGCAAGUAUUGUCGUCCAGUACAGUAGUACAGAUAAAUGUGACAGAUGCCAACAAUAAUCUUCCAGUUUUAACUCAGAAAAGUGUUUCAGCUAAUAUCAAUGAAACGGACAAUAAUGUGGUGAUAUUACGAGUAAGUGUUACGGAUAAAGACACUUCUUAUACACCAGCCUGGAGAGCAAAAUACAAGAUAAUACAAGGGAAUGAAGAUGAAAAUUACAAGAUUGAAACAGAUCCAGAAACAAAUGAUGGAAUGUUGUUUCUAAUAAAGUCUUUGGAUUAUGAGGCUAGUCCUCAGAGGAAUAUUAAGAUAACAGUUGAAAAUGAAGAACCUUUCGCUACAUGUCCAGCACCAAGGGAGAGAACUUCCAUUGAAUUGCCAGAAAUCUCUGCAGUUAUAACCGUGAAGGAUGAGAAUGACCCUCCUGUGUUCACCCCUCCAGUAUUAUUUGUUCAGGAGAUUGAAGGUCAGAAGCCUGGAAAGAUACUGGGAAGAUUUAAUGCGACUGAUACUGAUAAAUUCUUUAAGCAUUCCAUCAGAUAUGUUCGAGGAUCUGACCCAGCUGAAUGGUUUGCAGUAGAUGCUGACACUGGUGUUGUCUCAACAGUAAAAACACUGGAUCGCGAAUCCCCUUAUGUGAAUAACAGUUUUUAUACCUUAAUUGUUUAUGCAGUUGAGAAUGGUGAGAGUCCUACAACAGGAACCGGCACAAUGUCUCUUUUUCUGAUUGAUACCAAUGACAAUCUGCCAUAUCUUGUCAAUACACACCAAGAGAUGUGUGAUGAAGGUGAAGUCCCAUUUGUAACUGUUGCAGCCCGGGAUGAUGACCUGGAUCCCUACAAUGGUCCCUUCACAUUUAUGCUGUUGGACAAUGAACAACAUAUAAAGAACAAUUGGAAAUUGCGCACACCAACAGACUACACAGUUCAGCUUGUGAUGGAAAAGAAAAUUCCCAUUGGAAACUACACUGUGCCUUUCAGAAUCCAAGAUAGACAGGGAAUUACCCAGGAAUGUUUUUUGAAUCUGCGCAUAUGCCAUUGUCUUGAUGGAAAAACAUGCCCUGUCCUAAAGCCUGCAACAACUAACUUACAUGGAGCUGUGAUUGGAAUGUUCUUUGCUGGCUUAUUAUGUUUGAUCUUGGGAUUUUGUUUGCUAAUAUUUUGUACGUUUUCAAACAAGAAGGGUCAGCACUCAUUACCUUCUAAUGAACCUAUGUGGACUUUGAUCAACUACAAUGAAGAAGGAGGUAAUGCAGCUCUGGGCACUUUACCAUUUCGAAGUUACAUGCUUAGGCCAAUUGACAAAUCACAACAACAUGACUCAAAUGCUUGGGCUAACAGGCACUAUUUGGCACCAGAUAUAAAUUAUAUUGAUCCUACUUUUGAACCUCGUGUAUAUAGCUAUGAAGGAGAUGAGCUGCAUGCGCCAUCUCUUGAUGCCAUCAGCAUAGUUGAAGGUAGCAUUGGCUCCGACUACUUGAACAACUUGGAUCCACGCUUUACAGCACUAGCAAGAAUCUGUCAGGAAAAGUACCCACUGUAAGUUCAGUGACAACAGAAAUAAACUAUGAACACUAAGGGAAGUGUUCAUAUAUUAUCUGUAUUACUUUUUAACAAAUCAAUGAUGUUGGCAAGAUAGCUUUGUGUUACAAAGAAGUCUAGACAUCGGUGUUGCAUGUCAAAAUAAUGAAAGUUAAUCCUAAUUUUAAUUGCCUGCUGAUUUCUAUAUAAGUCAAAACAAACCACUUGACCACAGUUAACCUGAAUAUUGCUGAAAAGAGACAUAUUGAUGUACAACUUGUACCUCUUUUCAGCAAUAAACUGAUAGCUUGUCUUACAUACUAUGCUUAAGUUGAAUAGCUAAAAUAUCGAUUUCUCCCCAAUUAUGGAGGAAAAUCCAAGGAAACUCCAGUCCAUCUACAAAUAAAGCAUAUUUGAGGGAUUUUCUGCUGAAGCUAUGGUAAUUCAAUAAUGAGAAUCGCAAUGAAAACUCCCAAAAUAUUAGUUGUAAUAUUUCAACAUGGCUUCGAAAUACUGUGCAUUUAGUUCUUAUGUAAAUAACAAACACCUCAUAAGUUUAAAUCUUCCAUUUGUACAUGGAAUGAAUUUUCAGAGCAAGUGGUGGAUGUGGGUACAGUGACAAUGUUUAAAAGACAUUUAGAUAAAUACAUGAAUAAGAAAUGUUUGGAGGGAUAUGGGCCAAGCUCAGGCA